CCGACCCGAUCGCACAAAGGUCGGCGUCGGCGAGCCACUGCUUCCUGCACCGCCUUCAGCUUCGGAUUCCCAAUACCCCGCCGAAACCCUAGGUCGAAGAAGAACCUUGGCGCUCGAAUCGAUCCGGUUCCUUCUUGCUCCGGUGGUCAUUCGCCCCCAAGGCGACGAAAAGGAUAAUCAGAUCAUGGCUACUGAUGAUUGCGAUGAUAAUUGUUUGCAAGAGGAUGGUUCACUAUGUGGAGAGGGAAUGAAUGGAGGAAAUGGAUUCGAGGCUCUGACAAGAGUAGAACUUGAUAUUGCAUAUUCUUCAGAGAAGCUACUAAACUUGGAGAUACUCUUGAUGCUAGUAGUUGAUAGAGCCAAUGAUUUUGAAGCUGUGAGCAUGGAAUACAAAGACAUCUCAGAUGAGUCUGUUUUGAAGGCCUUUGAAUCUGAUAUUUUAUCUGGGAUUUUAGACAUGGAGGUCAAAGAACUACAAAGCUUCAUGUGCUUGCUACAAACUGAAAUCAUAGAGGCCCACCAACAAGUUUCUCAAAAUGAGCACUUUGAAGAAUCUGCUGCUAAAGCAGAAGAGAAGUUGCAUGAUGCUGAAAAAUCUGUGAAGAAGUUACAAGAUUCAGUUGCUGAUAUACUAGAUCAGUCAUCGACGUUCAUAAGAACUCUAGCUUUGUGCCAUUGUGAAACCAGGACUGAUGAAAGUGAAGAACCUGACAAUGGUCAUUUGUCAUCCAUCAGCACAAAGUUGAAACCGCAGAGUCUUGACCAACAAAGGCAUGUCUUACAAAUGUUGGAGAAAUCAUUGGCCAGAGAACUGGAUUUUGAAAAAAAGCUUUCAGAUUUAAGAUAUAGUGAGGAGGAUCUUAAGCUGAAACUGCAUUAUGCAGAAAGAGAGCUAUACUGCAUGGAAGAGUUGAUGGAAAUAUGUUUGGAGAGGGCAUUUGAGGCUGAAAAUGCUGCUGAGAUACUUUUGGGUACUUCCGAAGAAUUAGCUGGAAGAGUUCAGGUUCUUCAACUUAAUCUAAAUAGUUCACAACAUCGGGAACAUGAGAUGAGAUCAAAGUUGCAGGAAAGUUUGAUGAAAAUACAUGCUGAAGAAGCUGCCAAGGAGAGGUUGACUCAUGCAGAACUUGAUUUAAUCUCGUCAAAAGAAAGAGGAGCAAGUGGGUUGAAAGCUGAAGAUGAAAGCUUGCUGGCUAGUUCUGAAAUAUUGUCUCUGAAGGACAAGGUGAGAACACUUGAGGAGAAGCUUAGAGAGUCUGAUGCCCAGUUGCGGCUGGCAAAGGCUUCUGUUGGAACAAGUCAGCAACAACAGAGUGCGCUGCAGUCUGCACUCAGUCAGGUGGAAAAAGUAAUUGAGGGUCUCAAGGCUAAUGUUUUGAGAACUGAAAGCAGAGCUGAAAUUGCAGAAGCAAAGUAUGCUGAACUGAGUAAAACUAAUGUUGAACUAAAUGAAGAGCUUUUUUUUCUUCGAAAUAGUGAAUCUGAAAAGACAAACCUUUUAGAGAGGAGAUGCCAGGAAUUACAUACUCAGUUGGAGCAUGCAAAGGCAUCUGUUGAAGCACUUGAAGAGCAACAGAAUGGAUUAUAUGCUGCAAUUUCUGACAUGCAAAAUAUGAUCGAGAAACUCAAAACAAAGGUCUCAAAAGCAGAAAGUAGGGCAGAGAGUGCUGAAUCUAAGGUUAAUCUGUUAACCGAAUCUAAUCUAGAACUAAAUGAAGAGCUGGGUUUCCUAAGAGGACGAUUAGAAUAUUUAGAGAUGUCCCUGCAACAAGCUGAGGGUGCAAAAACAGCCAUUGCUAAAGACAUUGGUAUUCGGACAAAAACUAUCAGUGAUCUGGUCAAGAAACUAGCCUUGGAAAGAGAACGCCUUCAGUCACAGAUAACUGCAUUAACGAAAAAGAACAAAAUCCUGGCUGAGAAAUGCAAAACAAAAGAAAAUGCCCAUACUUCUUUGAGCUACAAUGUGGAAGCAUUGACAGAGUCUUCAACUACGGGUUCUUGGGUAGAGAAGCCCAUAGCAGCUGUGCCUGUUAGUGAGAAGAGUGCAGAGAUGACUGUUUCAGCGGAGGAAUCCUCAGGUGGCGAUUCCAAGAUCGAGACAGUGAGGACCAUAGAAGCAGCACAUCUUGAUCCAAAGUAUCUUUUCAUGGCUGUCCUCAUUGUAUCUAUUGCAAUCCUCACAUUCUACCAAUAUCAACAAGAACGCAAUCACGCGUGAGGGUAUCAGACAAAUUCGCCACUUCCACACAUGAUGAUCAUGAGAUGCAACCCGUAAAUUCUCCAUCUGGCGACUAUGAUACCGCCUUCAACUUUGAUGCUCUACUAACAAACAUUUUCUUGUCAAGAUGGACUAAAGUUACUACAGGUUCUCAGAUGUUUAGUUCCGCUUGUUUCGUUCUUUUUUUGUUUCGUGUUGAGAAAGGUAGCUUGGUGUUUGAUCUGCCACCAAAUUUGUGUCAUUAGUCAGGCAAUGCAGCAGAAAAAAAAUGUCGCAGGAACUGGGGAGGAUCAUGAAAAGUUCUGUUC